CAGAACUUGACAAUAGCAUUAUCAUACCAAAACACCAUUCAUCCGGAGCCAAUCAGCGCGCAGCGCUUUCAGAGCCCCGCACGAGCACCGCGCUAUAAAAGCCCCGCAGCUCUGCGUUCAGGACUCACUGCUCUCUCGGACUAAACUCUCAGACCCGAAUCCUUCACACUUGUCCCGCUGCGGAAUAGCGUCGCUGUUUCCACCAUGACUUUCGAGGAGGUUCCGAUCCAGAAGCCCACUGAGCGCGCACAGUGCGCCGGCAAAGCGUUGGAGGAGGUUCUGGAGACCGCCAAAGACAACGAGUCCCUCACUGUCGGUGUGUACGAGAGCGCCAAAGUGAUGAACCUAGACCCGGACAGCGUGUCCUUCUGCGUGCUGGCCAUGGACGAGCAGUUCCAGUGUGACAUCGCUCUGCAGAUCCACUUCACUCUCAUCCAGUCUUUCUGCUUCGACAACGACAUCAGCAUCGUCAGGGUGAGCGACAUGCAGCGUCUGGCAGACAUUGUCGGAGACAAGGCGGAGGAGCUGGAAGACGCGCACUGCGUCCUCAUCACGAACCCCGCUGACGGGUCCUGGGAGGAGCCGGCUCUGGAGAAGCUGCACCUGUUCUGCGAGGAGAGCCGCCGCCUGAACGACUGGGUUCCUGAGAUCAGCCUCCCCGAGCGCUGAUCCGGUUCCGGUCCCGCUGCUCAGAAGCCGCAGAGCUUCCUUGGUGGAAAUAGUCAUCCUGGUGAGCAGGAUGAGCGCGUUUCUGCUCAUCCCUGGACGCUCCUGAGGAGGAUCCCCGUCCAGGCAGCACGGCGCCGGCCCCAGGGGGCCCCCGUGACCCGUCGCCUCUCGUCCCGUCCAUGCCAAGAUGACUCUCAUUCUUUCUGUGAACGAGGUCGGGCAUGCCACGAGAGCGACACAUCGACCCUCAUUCUUUGUGCGGAUGAGGUUUGGAGAGGAAGGAGAAGCCAGCUCUGCGUCCCGAGGAGGCGCAGGGCAAAGGUGGCACGCACGCACGGUGACGCACGCACGCGCAGCAGGAGAAGAAGCGGUGCUGAGGAGGAGGCCUGCUGAAAAAGGGACUUUUUCCAGAGGCUCUCUUCACCGAGCAACAACACAGCAGUUGCUGAAAUGUUUCCCACUUUCCAAUUUGUCCUAAUUCUCUAAAGGUUUCACUUUAGAAAAAUUCAUGACAAAUAUUUUCUAAAAGCUAAAAAAAAAAGAAAGUUCUUCCUCUAAAGGUUUCACUUCAGAGGAAGAGGCAGAUGUUUAAAUGAUGCGGAUUAGUUGAAGAUAAAGUCUUGAUGAAAACGUUCAAUUUGUUUUUGAACUUGUUGGAAAAAAGCUGGAAACAAACGUUCAUGUUUUAGACUUUAGAUGUAGAGAAAAAGACCUUCAAUAAAAAUGAGAACUAAGA